CUCAAAUCGGUAGCUUUCCAUAAGCUUUCAAGAAAUUUCUCUGUUACUAAAAAAGAGCGAUCCAUGACGUCAUUCUUGUGGCGUCUGUUUUUGUUGGCUGCAGUGCCUGCUCUUGCGGAGGAGCCUCUGCAGUUGGAUGACGAAUGCGUCGGCGAAAGCUGCAGCUUCAAUGCACUGCAGCUGCGAGGUGUUGUGAAGAACGAUGCCGUGCCCAUUGUGCCCGAUGUGGACGACAUCUUUCAGGACCCUGAUGAGGAGGAAGAGGAUGAAGACGAAGGCGAAGAUGAAGAUCACGAAGAAGAAGAAAGUACCACGGAGAAACCUGAGAAACCCGGGAUGCCUGAGGAGCCUGAGGAGGAGGAACCUAAGGAACCUGAAGAUGAAGUGAAUCCGGACGAGGCAACUCCUGCGCCCAUUCACCCAAUCUGGGAACCACUCCCAGAGGAUGCAAAUUGUGCGGAACCGGACACACAGUGCGGCGGUCAGUGGUACUAUGGACCUACUUGCUGUUGGCACGCUCACGUUUGCUACAAGGUCAACGAGUACUUCUCCCAGUGUAUCACUGAGGCUCAAGCGGAGGAGCGUGAAAAUGGCGGCGCAGAGACGACCACGACGACCACCACGACGAACUCAGACCCACAGGGCUGCCUUGUGGGCUAUCAGCAAUGCGGAGGCUGGGAUGAAGUGAACAAGAUGAACUACUCCGGACCCACCUGCUGCCAUGCCGGCUUCGUCUGUAUCAAGGUUGGCACCUUCUUCUCCCAGUGCACACCAACUGAGAAGGAUGGGCCCUUCACGCCCUACGAGCCAACCAAGGCACUCCAGGAGCCCAGCAAUGCAACAGAGCUCACCUUCUAUGUCUACCGUGCUUCUUCGGAGGAGGGCGACCAGUACCUUGACAAUAUCAACGUGGGAAAUUUGGCUGGCACCUUGUGGUACAUUCACAACGAGGUGGUGUUUGAGCGACCACGAAAGUUCAACAUCUCCAAGCUCAUCCGGUACAAGAUCCACACCAAAGCCACCACACCCUUGUGGGAGCUGGGUAUGAAUUUUGGUGCGCGCUUCGCCUACGAUUCCGCUCAAUGUGCGGGUCCAUGGAGCUGCGAUUUGAACUACCAGAGGUUUGGGUACUUUGUGGGCUGCAACAACCUUGGCAUGUUCCCCUUCCCUCGCUAUGACACGAGCUACCCCGAAGCCAAGUGGUAUGCUCUGCCAGGUCCUUGCGAGUCCAAGCCCUUUGGAGAGAAGGAUCCGAUCUGCGACAAGGAGCAGCCCGGAGGCCGAUGCGAGGGAUCGCCCACCGGACAAGGCAAUUGCACCUACAGCAUUGAGAUUAUGGGUUCCGUGACUCUGGAUGAGAUUGCGGGAAUCAAAGACUACCACAAGUUCAUUCACACAGGAGGUGUGGAGUUUAACAAGACUUUGGACCAGGGAAUUGGCAACAGCUUCUGGGACAAGAUGAACAUUACCCUUUACAACGUUGACCGCAUCAACAAGGUUCGUGCGCUGUUUGAAGCGAAAUACCCAGACCAGCCAACGGAUGAGGAGAUGGCUGCUCCUCCGUGCGACUUCAAUUUCACAGCCUUCUAUGGAGUGGCCGAAGAUGCCAUCACCACCCUUCCUCCGCCAACCACCACAACCACUACAACCACUACAACCACAACUACCACUACUACAACCACCACAGAAGCUACCACAACUGAGGCAGAAACAACCGAAGCAGAAACAACUGAGGCAGAAACAACUGAAGCAGAAACAACCGAGGCCGAGACCACUGAAGAGGGCGCAGACAGAGCUGCUACCACUGAAGUUACGACCAAGGCAGCCACAACAGAGGCUGAAACUGCAAGCUCCACAGAAGUCGAGGUUGCCACUAUGGCUAGCACCACUGAAGCUACCACUGAAGCUACCACUGCAACUACAACACCAAAGGGCUGCAAGGACGCGGAAUUUGGUACUCACUGCUACCGUGUUGUGGUGUGGGCCAAAGAGCAUGGCUUGAAGCAGCAUCCAAAGUGGUACCCUGGAUUGACAUCAUCCUCACCUUUUUCAGACUUUCAGGCUCGGGUCCACCAUGUGGACCCCAAAGACUGUCCACUGCCGUGCACGAAGAACUCGGGCUGCCACACUGCCGUGAAGGGCGAGUCCUGCUACUCCGCGGUGAACUGGGCCAAGAAGAGUGGUAUCAAACAGCACCCCACCUGGUACCCCGGCCUUACCAAGGAGUCCAGCUUCUAUGACUUCCAGGUGGCCGUGCACAAGGCCACGCCGAAGAAGUGCCCGAUGCCAUGCGAGCCUGAGGCCUGAGUGCGAAGUCACCAUGGGCAAGGCGCGUAGAAAACAACACAUCGCAGGCCAUAGCACGGUGACUCGACAGGUCGCAAGGAACUUUUAAGGAACUUUUAUAUGUCG